UAAAGGGUUUUGCGCUCAUCUGUUUCUCUCUUUCUCUCUCCCCGUGAUGACGACGAGAUCUGAUCCCGACGAACGUCUUGCUCAGAACCCACAAACCUCCUCAGUGAAAGCUUCAAUUUUUCGAGAUGGGUUUUCACAAGAGUCGCUAAAGGCCGUUUCUUUGCCGCCACUAGAGAAGGAGGACUCUGUUCGCGAGAUGAUGAGCUCAGAGAAGGAAGUAAAGUCUCCUCCUUUGGCUUCUGUUCUUGAGAAAGAUGAAGAAACCAUCCGUUCGGAAUCUGCUGAAGCAUCUUUCUCCAAAGAACGCGAGUCUAUGGACGUGGAUUGUCAUGGAGUCUUCUCUGUUCCUGAAGCUACCUCUGCGUUUCUUGAAGAAGAUAGGCACAAGAUGGAGGAAGCUGUUGAGGCUGAUGGGUCAGCUGCUUGUAUCUCUGAGAAGAAGGGACAAGAAGAUUCCGAUGAUCAGGCUGACGUGGACACGCUUGCAAUGGCUUCUGAUGUCCAUAUCAUCGAAAAGAAUGGGAACCACCAGCAUCAGAAGGUGGAGAGAGUGAGAGUCAAGGACAACGCUUUCGUUGGGAGAUCGGUGAAGAUCGAUGUGGUUGAUGACACUGCGUUGCUCAACGUUGUUCCUUUCUACAAGAAGGCUAAAGAUCAUCCUAAGCAUAAGAGAAACGGAGGGAAGCACAUUGUUGUUAGUGGGAAGCAGCAAGAUAAAGGAAACGCUUCGAAAGUUGGUGAAGGGAGUCAGUUGCGGAUAAUGUACUCUAUAAACCAGAUGAAGUCGAUGAGGUAUGCUAACAUGGGGAAUCAGAAGAAGCUGUGGAGUGACGUGUACGCUAGGCUGCUGCCUGAGCUGGUGAAUGAGUACGAAGGUCUAGUAGUUAGCUUGAAGAAUCAGAAGACUUCAAAGUCUAACAUGAGGGAGAGUGGCAUAGGCACCAAAGAAGUUAUAGAUGAGUUAACUCUUGAAGAAGAAGAGGAGUACACUGAAGAGAAUGACGAUUACAAUAGCAUUUUGAAACCUGCGUUUGCUGUUGAUGGAGAACCUGAUUUUGAAUCUGGACCACCAGAAGAUGGCUUUGAAUACUUAAGACGAGUCAGGUGGGAGGCUAAGCGUGUUCCGAACGUAAAAGUAGCCAAGAUAGAUGGAAACAAGUACAUGACCAAAGAGCAAAGUGUUUACAUGCCACAAAUACCUGAAAUCCCCAAAUGUCCAGAUCACCUGUUACCUCUCAAGGAAUGGGAAGACUCAUUGCUUUCUGACUUCUCACACCUUCGCUCGGUACUUGAUGAGACCAUGCCAUCAAAUCAGUCCAUAGAAGAUGUGCUCAUGGAGAUAUUCAACAAGCGUCUCCACACUGUUCCAGAUGAGUCAUUUGGUGGGUUGGUUUCAGACAUACAAGGAAUGGACUCGAUGACGCAAGUAUCAAGGUUGAAAAAACGUAUAGUUUUGGUUGAGAAGGAGAGCCGGUUAGAGAGGAGUGACUGCAAAUGGGUAGUGGCAUUAUGCGCAUCGGUGGAUACUCCUUUGGAUGGUGAUACUUGCGCUUGUCUCAAGGCUUUUCUGAGGAAGUGUGCGAGUCUUCGUGCGUUAGAGGUUGAAGAUGAACAAGUUAUCAUCAUGGCUAAUAUGCUCAUCACCAUCGCAGGCAGAUACUUUGGCCAAAUGAAGUAAGAGAC